UUUGAAGAACAUUUCCCUAUAGACUGUGAUAAACUGCCAAAGAACAGCGCGAGUGGAGUCUAUGUCAUCAAACCUCAUUCAUCACCUCCUUUAGUAGUAUAUUGUCAUGUAGAUGAAGAUGGCAAACGGUGGACUGCUAUCCAGAGGAACUCCAAAACUACUGAAAUAACUUGGCAUGAGUCCUGGACUACUUUCAAGUAUGGAUUUGGAAAUGUGAUGAAGGAUUUUUGGCUGGGUAAUGAGUACAUUCACCUGAUAACAUCUCAACGGGUUUACAUGGUACGCUUUAUCCUGAAGGACAAGAAUGAUAAGGAGUGGCAUGCCGACUAUGAUAUCUUCAGCCUAGACAAAGAAGAGAAUGGCUAUGCAUUGCGUCUAGGGAGGUACUCUGGUACUGCAGGGGACAGUCUAACCAUCUUUGACUCAAACACUGUUCAUGACAACAUGAAGUUCUCCACAAAAGACAAAGAUCAGGAUCGGAGUAGUUCUCACUGUGCAAUUACUUACAGUGGUUGGUGGUAUGACAAUUGCUACCUUGUUCUAUUGAAUGGAAAAGGUUUUAUCUACUGGAAAAAUGUUUGCACUGGAGAUUGCACUGAGUCAAUGAUUUUGGUCCGGCCUACAGGUAUCUGCUGA